GGAGGAGGGGUACUGCCUGACGUCCCUGCAGAGCGCCCUGUCCUACGUGGAGUCCCUGCAGUGAGGAGGCGGCACCGGGGGGACCCUGUCCCCGCCACCCGGGGCCACAGGCAGGAUGUGCGCGGGCUCGGCCCUGCGGCAGGAGUGCGGGCAGCAGUACCGGGAGGAGUACCGGCGCUGCUUGGAGCGGGAGUUCCGCCGGGGCCGCGCCGGGGCCUGCUCCGACCCCUCCUUCGGGGAGAGGCUGCGGCAGCGGCUGGGGCCGGAGCCGGCCCUGCUGGGGGCCCUGCAGGAGGACGGCCCGGCCCUGCUGGCCCGCGGGCUGCGGGGCCGCCCCGACCCGGGGCCGGCGCUGCGGGGCCUGGCCGGCGCCUUCCGUCUGCUGGAGCUGGCGGCCGUCAAUCUCUACCUCUUCCCCUGGCGCAGGGAGUUCGGCACCGUCCAGACCUUCUCUGGCGCGUACGUGCACUCGCUGCGCCCGGCGCUCCCCGAAGCUGACCUGGUGCGGAGCUUUGGCCGGCUGGGCUACGAACAGCGCGACCCGCACCGCCUGGCCAUCACCCGCCUACCCCCAGGGCCCGAGCUGGUUGCUGCCGCCUGCGGCUUCUUCGCCUGCCGGCUGGAGUGCGAGAUCCUGGUGGAGGUGGUGCACCGGCUGCGGCCGCGCCAACUGCGUCCUGAGGAGCUGCUGGAGGCACGGCAGCUGGCCGGGGAUGUGGAGGCCUGCGUGGAGAUGCUGCAGCAACAAGGGGCUGCCAGCGACUGUGGCGAUGGUGCAGAUCUCUACCAGGAGAUGCCAGCCAGCCCUGAGGACACGGGGGGAGAGGACGCAGCCACCCUGGCACUAUGGAGGGACCGUGGCAGCCCGCGGGGCGCUCGGGAUGUGCCCAGGAGGGGCUGGGACUGCUGUGGAGACAGUGGGUGUGGGCAGGAGCCGGUACCCUCCAUGGGCAACCCCAAACCAGACACUUCCUCCUCCUCUCGCCUCUUCCUGGAGCAGGAGCUCGGCAGGGCCAGCAGCCCGCUCUCUGCUCUAGCCAUGGGGAGCGGAAGCCCCCAGGUGCCGGGGGAAGCCCAGGAUUUGCCCUCCGCCACCCCCCAGGAAGCCCCCGAGCUGCCCUGCUACCAGCUGCACUCCUGCCUGCGCCGGGGCGUGCUGCCCUCCUACUGCUGCACCACCUGCCAGCAGCUCCACGCCGGUGCCUGCGCGGCCGGACAGGCCUGCCGCAGCCGCCACCACGGGCAGGAGCUGCGCAGCGAGAGACAGCAGCGGCUCUGGCUGCAGCGGACAGAGGUGGACAUGCUGCUGGCCGACAGCUCCGGCCCCUGGUCCUAGCACCCCUAAGGUUCUGCCGCUGGCUGCGCCUGUGCCCCUGGGGCUGGAAGGGGACAAGGACACAGCCACGCUCAGCCCGAAGGACACUGACUUUGCCCCGCUGGGAGGUAGCAGGGCUCGUGCUGUGCUCUGCUUUGCCCCUGGAAUGGUAGGAGCCUGCUGGGCUCCUCCUGCUCCAGGCCCAGCGCUCCCACUGUAAAUGGCUCGGUGCAUCUCAGUAAAGUGCGUCU